CGACGGAAGACGCGAUGUUCCAGAGCGAGAACGACGACGAGACCGAGGUAACUCUCAUGGGCGCCUGACCGGACCGGGGUCGACUGCCGAUGCAUGCUGUGCUUCCUGCUCAUGAUGAAGCCUCUUGAUGGUCCGGCAGCCUUGAGUGGUCAAGCGCCUCUGCUGGUGUUUCGAGGCGAGAUGAGGCCCAGGGCGACGCUACAUGUACUGCAGCACGCCUGUAGCGCUGGCUGGCGUGGGCUCGUCCGGACGCCGCCGACGGUGCGCGAACCAAGGGCGCAGAUAAGGCCACUGGCCCAUCGCCGACAAAGGGGCGCGCCACGUCACGCAAAAACCGGUUCGGUCCGGUUCGAACCGCUUGCCAAGGGCCGCUCUCAUGUUCGACAUUCUCGAAGCCCGAUGGUGAAGGACGCCAAGAGCCGCGACCGCUUCCAAGGCGUCGCGAACGCCGACGACUGCCGCCCGCUCUCGCCCACGUCCAAAGGCGUGUCCCGCUGGCACCUCUCGCGCAACAAGCGGUUCCCGAUCCGGACCGGCCUCGCCGCGGUCGUGCUCUUUACUAUCGGCUCGGUCCUUCUCUACGUGAGCACGCUCUUUGGCCUCGACGGCGAGCGCCGGGGCAUGUCCUUCUUUGUGCUCGGCCUCAUCACAUUCAUUCCGGGCAGCUACGCGACCACGCAACUCUACGGCGCCUACAAGGGCUGGCCCGGCUACGACUACGCCCAGCUCCCGUCCUACGACGACUAGUCGCUUCGCUGCAACGUCGUCGAUCUAUAGCGUUGUCGUCCGCACCGUAGCCGCAUAACACGCAUCAAUACACUCGUCACAUGCAUCCGCGCUA